GUCCGUCAAGCACUGCGACAACUCAAAAUUCUCGUGAAGCUUCACCUUUGUAUAUAGUGUUUUACAAAUUUACGAAGUUUUGAAUGAGAGUCAAUCGAUUGUACCUAAUAAUGGGUGCCAUAUGGAAAUUAGGAAUACUAAUUUAAUCGUCGAAAUCACAAAUGGCUACGGAGACGCUUUUAAAAACGAACAAGCAUUCAAAGUAUAUAUCAUAUAGGAAAAUUUUGUAUCAUAGGUUUUUUGUUGGCCUACUAUUGUUUAUAGUGGUGUCUCUUGUGUUUACUGUGCUUUUUAACAUUUACGCGGGAAGUUCACCACGGACCGAAAUUUACGAACCUGUGAGUUUAGAUUUAGUGAGUUUACAAGUCACGAAAAUUAAAAUAAAUGCACCUUAUUCUGCCCCUCGCUAUACAAAUUGUACAUAUUGGAGUUGUUUUAACGUAUACAAAUGCGGGAGAGGCGGGCACGAUAAGAUAACUAUCUACAUAUACCCAUUAAGAGAGUACAGAACGGAAGAAGAUAGACUUAUAUCACAAUUGUCUAAGGAGUUUUAUGAAAUAUUAGAUACGAUAAGGCAUAGUAAGUAUUACACAGCGAAUCCUGAGGAGGCUUGUUUGUUGGUGCCCAGUAUAGACACACUGAACCAAAAUACGUUUUCAAGUAAACAUGUAUCUCAAGCUUUGCAGUCUCUCCAAUACUGGAACAAUGGAGAGAAUCAUCUCAUAUUCAACAUGUUACCAGGCGGUGCCCCAAACUACGAAACAGUUGUCGAUCUCAACACAAGCAAAGCUAUUAUAGCAGGAUCCGGUUUCAACACAUGGACUUUUCGAUAUGGAUUUGAUAUUUCAAUACCUUUAUACAGCGAUGUUGCCAGAGGAAUUGACAAUACACAGCCUGAACAGAAGAAUUUCUUAAUUAUAUCCACACAGCAGAAUAUUCCAGAAGAUUAUUUAGCAGAAUUACAAAAUAUAGCAUCUUCAUCAAAUGAUUUAUUAUUACUUGGCAAUUGUAAGACGGAAUCAAAUAGAAUAGAUAAUACGAAACGCUGUGAAUAUACCACUGGAAGAAUAUUUAACUAUCCAGAUAUAUUAAAAGAGGGUAUGUUCUGUCUGGUUGUACGUAGCGCAAGACUGACACAGUCCGUAUUGAUGGAUAUACUAGCAUCGCAAUGUAUACCCAUUAUAAUAGCUGAUACUAUAGUUUUGCCGUUUAAUUCUCAUGUGGACUGGCAUCGUUUAUCAUUGUAUUUGCCCGAAGAUAACAUUAAGAAUCUAUUGAGGAUAGUCCAUUCAGUAAGCAAAGAGAGACGUGGUGAGCUUUAUUGGCAACUGAGAUGGGUAUAUGAGAAAUAUUUUGCGACUAUAGAAAAAAUUACGUUGACGACUUUAGAAAUAUUGAAUGAAAAAGUUUUUCCUUUAGCUGCUAGAAUGUACGAAGAUUGGAAUAUGCCAGAACAUUUGUAUGGUCCAGUGAAUCCGUUAUUCCUGCCAGUGACAGCUCCGAAGUCCCCGGGCUUCACCGCUGUCAUUCUGACGUACGACCGUGUUGACAGUCUGUUCACAUUGAUCAAGAAGCUGGUGCGGACCCCCAGCCUCGCUAAGAUACUGGUCGUCUGGAAUAACCAGAAGAAACCACCGCCGCCUUCAUCAGACUGGCCAGUAAUAAACAAGCCGUUGAAAGUGAUCCGAACGAAAGAGAACAAACUGUCGAAUCGAUUUUAUCCGUACGAUGAGAUUGAGACCGAGUGUCAACUGACUAUCGACGACGACAUAAUUAUGCUGACGCCCGAUGAAUUGGAAUUUGGAUUUGACGUGUGGCGGGAGUUCCCCGACCGCAUCGUGGGCUUCCCGUCCCGUCUCCACGUGUGGGACAAUGUCACCUCCUCAUGGAAGUACCACAGCGAGUGGACCAACCAGAUCUCUAUGGUACUAACUGGUGCGGCUUUCCAUCACAAGAUCUGGUCCUGGUACUAUACUUACAAAAUGCCAGUCGAGAUUCGAACCUGGGUCGAUGAUCAUUUCAACUGCGAGGACAUCGCUAUGAACUUUCUAGUCGCUAAUGUUACUAGAAAACCGCCUAUCAAGGUAACACCUCGUAAGAAGUUCAAAUGUCCGGAAUGUACAAACACUGAGAUGUUAUCCGCAGAUGCACGUCACAUGUCACAGAGAUCCGCUUGCAUCAACAAAUUCACCAAAAUAUACGGUCAUACGGCACUAAAAGCUGUAGAAUUCCGCGCAGAUCCGCUCCAGUACAGAGAAACUAAUUCCGGAGUACCGCAAUUAUAUCCUGACAUCGGAUCACUUUGAGGAAUGGACAAUAACAAUUAAAAAGGCUGGUCGCAAAAUGUUAGGGUUUCGUCCCCAAACCAGGGUAAGUAGAUUUAACUGUUGUUUUUCGGUUUUUACUCCAUUUUUUUUUUAAACCAAGAUAUGAGCUAUUCUUUGAUUGAAAAAUUAC